AUGGCACCAGAGAAAAUGAAGCAGUGGACGACGGCGUUGGAUGGAAUUGACAAGUUGGAGAUGGAGGAGGUUGAUGUGCCGAGUCCAGGAGAGGGUGAGGUGCUGGUUAAGAUUCACGCCGUGAGCUUGAAUUACCGUGAUAAUGAGGUCUGCAGUGGCGAGUACAACCACCAUUCAACAGUCGCAUCCAAGCAACGCCUCGUUCCGUGCUCCGACAUGUGCGGCACAGUCAUCGACAGCAAGUCCAAUCUCCUCAAGACAGGCGCCCGCGUUGCAUCCAUAUUUCUCCAAACUCAUCUCAAAGGUCCCGUCAAGGAGGAAGAUAUGGCCAGUGGCAUUGGACUCCCUCUGCCCGGUGUUCUCACCGAGUAUCGCGUCUUCCCGGCUGUUUCACUAGUCCAAAUUCCCGACUACCUAUCAAACGAGGAGGCCAGCUGUUUGCCCAUUGCCGGUGUCACCUCAUGGACCAGUCUCAACUGGAUGCGACCCAUCGGCCAGCAUAUCGGCACUGACAAAGACCUCGGAUCCAAGUUUGUGCUCCUCCAGGGAACGGGAGGUGUAGCCAUCGCAGGUUUACAAGUCGCUCAUGCGGCGGGUUACAAGACCAUAAUUACAUCCUCGUCCGACGACAAGCUCAAGCGUGCGACGGAGGAGCUCAAAGCUGACCAUACCGUCAACUACAAGACGUACUGGGAGUGGCAGGAGCCUGUCAUGAAGGCAACGAAUGGUCGUGGCGCUGAUGUCAUUUUUGAGACGGGUGGUUCUCGUACCAUUCGCAAGAGCUUCGAUAGCAUUGCGUUUGGUGGGAUUAUCAACUGCAUUGGUUACUUGUCUGGAAAAUCGGACGAGAAUCCGGAUGAGGGCGACAAGACGCCACCUUUGCAAAGACUGAAUGUCAAUGUGCUGGCUUUGAGGCGGAAUGUGACACUGCGGGGGAUUAUAAAUGGUGGUAAGGACAGGUUUGAGGAGAUGUUGACCUAUUACAAGGAGAAGGAGAUUAAGCCUGUGGUGAGUAAGGUGUUUGCCUUUGAGGAGGCUAAAGAUGCGAUGAAGUAUCUGGCGGAUGGGAAGCAUUUUGGAAAGGUGGUUAUUAAAGUCAGUGAUAAAUAG